AGUGUUAGGCGAAAAUACACCAGUUGUUUCCGAUUCAUGUGUGCCGUCUACAAGUAGUUCACAUAAUGUACAACCUGUAUCAUGUAUUGAGGUAAAUGAUGACACAACUACUGAAUUAGUACCUUUAAAGCGUCAGAGGUCUAUACAAAAAAGUUUUGAAGAUAUUGCUUCUUAUUCCGAUGGUGACAAGGCAAGAACAAUUAACAACGCUAUUGUAUAUAUGAUUUGUAAAGAUUAUCACGCGUUCUCACUGGUAGAGAAUGAAGGUUUUAAACAUCUAAUAAAAGUGCUAUCGCCGCAUUUUAAAGUUCCAUGUAGAGGUACUGUGACACGUUGGGUCGAUAACAAAUUUGAAGUUUUAUCAGAAGUAUUAAAAACUAAAUUAAUAACAGUGGGCAAUAUUACUUUGACAACUGACAUUUGGUCUGAUUUUCAAAUGCGAAGUUUUUUGGGUGUCACAGCCCAUUUUGGUAUUUCAACUGAAUUUCAGUCGAUAACGUUGGGGGUAUACCACCUCGAUGAAAGACACACUUCUGAAUAUUUAUCAACUGUUAUUACCAAGGUAUGCAAUGAAUGGGGCUUUCCAAAAGAUAAAGUUACCGCAGUAGUAACAGACAAUGCAGCCAAUAUGACAAAAGCUGUAGAAUUGGCCUUUGGAAAAAAGAAGCACAUACCGUGCUUUGCGCACACACUAAAUUUAGUUGCGCAAAAAGUACUAAAUAUCUCAGAGUUGCAGGCAUUAGUAACUAAAAUAAAAAAUAUUGUCACUUUCUUUAAACAAAGUUGCGUAGCAAGUGACGAAUUAAGAAAAACGACAAAAGCUGAUGCAAAACUUAUCCAAGAUGUACCUACUCGUUGGAAUAGCACGUUCUAUAUGAUCGAAAGGUUUCUAGAAUUUCGAAAUGCCGUAAGUGAUAUAUUACUUCGACACAAAACUGCCCCACCAAUGUUGACAGGUAUGGAAUUAUCCACAUCCUCAAAACUACUUAACAUAUUACGGCCUUUUGAGGCAGCUACAAAAGAAAUAUCCGGUGAUACAUAUUGCAAUAGCAGCAAAGUUAUUCCGCUAGUUCACUGUAUGGUAUCGAAACUAAAAGCUCUUGAAAUUGAAGAACCCUUGUUAAAUGAAGUACAUAAAAUGGCUCUUAUUGAAAUCAACAAGCGAAUGGGUGCUAUCGAACAUGUAUCACUUCUGGCUAUUGCCACAUUAUUGGAUCCACGGUUUAAAAAAAUACAUUUUGAAGAUCCACUUGCAUGUUCGAAAGCCGUUGGGAAAAUCCAAGAAAUGAUAAGAGAUAUGGCAGACGAAAAGUCUGGGGAUGGCGACUCCGAUAUUUCAGACAAUCCGAUAGACGAAUUUAGUCUCUGGAGCGAUCACCACAAAUUAGUUCAUAGAAAUUGGAAAACAAAUAGGACUGAAGGGAACUUUUCUGAUGAACUCUCAGUUUAUUUGCGAAGUCCGGUAAGUCGGUUUGAUGAAAAUCCUCUAGAAGUGUGGGCCGACUACAAAAUUCAAUUCCCCAGUUUGUACAAUAUAGCAUACAAAUAUUUAACAAUGGUUGUCAGUUCCGUGCCAUCUGAACAAAAUAUUGUUUUUGCAAAGCUUAAAUAA